AUGUCCUGGAAAGGUGGCAGCACCAGGGCAGUCAUCCAGGAUCUCUUUGGGAUCCAUACGCACACGGUCAUGCUUGCAGCAACGGGGAUGCACGUCGGCAAGACCACUCUGAGUCUUGGCGUCUUCAAGGGCCUUGAAAAGCGGUAUGGCAAGGGUCGUGUUGCCUACUGCAAGCCUUUGGGGCAGCGGUUCAAGAACAUCAGCUUGGAUGAUGGUCGGGUUGUGAAGGUGGAUCCUGAUGUCGAAGUGCUGAGAAAUUACUUCAAGCUGAACCUGUCAUGGGAGCACAUGUCGCCUGUUGUCUUUCCUUCAGGCUUCACAAGAAAGGUGAUAGACGGGGAGAUCCACACGGCAGAGCUUCUCCACAAGAUCAAGGACGCGUUCACGUCCUUGGCCACCUCUUCAGACUUCACGCUCGUCGAGGGAUCAGGACACAUGGGCGUCGGGUCCAUCGUUAACCUCAACAACGCGCAAGUGGCUGGAGCCUUGGGGCUGGAUGUGGUGAUCAUAGCUCCGGGCGGUCUCGGCUCGAGCUUCGAUCAACUUGCCUUGAACAAGUCGCUCCUAGAGAAGCAUGGCGCGAGGCUCCGAGGAGUGAUCGUGAACAAGGUUCAGCCUGAGAAAUUCGACAUGGUGAAAGAUUACUAUGGGCGAGUUCUGUCCAGCUUGUGGGACACGCCGCUUCUGGGAUGCAUCCCGUACUACGAAGCCAUCUCGAAACCAUCCAUGAUCGGUUUCGCUCAGCUGUUGAACAGCAACUUGGUUGCCGGGGAAGAGAGCAAGCAUCGAACAUUCGAGUCGACAAGAGUGGUUUUGUCUGAAACGGACGAGACGAUCCAUGACCCCGUGGAGUCACAGCUGAUAGUGACGCAUGCGUCAAGGAGCGAUGUUAUCGAGUCCAUCAUCAAAAACCACAAGAACAUGUUCAUAUCGUCAAAGGGGUCGAGGGAUCUGCGAGGGGGUUUAGUGCUGGUCGGAGCUGAUCCACCCAAGUCCCAUCAGCUGAGGGAGCUGGACGAGUGCAAAGUUCCGACUCUGUGGGUAGAGAAGGGGCAUGCAGGUCUGGGCAUGACGAUCUUGGUUGAGGGAGGGGCUGACGUGAUGUGA